AUGGCAGACCCAUUGGAAGACCUCUACAGAGCACACAAAGAGUUCGAGCUUGCCAGAAGCAAGUACGACAAAGGGGCAGCGAAGGAGAAGAUCCGGCAGCUAGAGAAGGCGCUGAAGCAGAACCCAAUCAGAACAGUGGCAGGCGCCCAGACAACGACCGAGUCCAUCACUAUAGAGGAGACCCAGCGGGCGUCGGAGAGCGUGCUUUCGCUGUGCCAAGUGGAAAAUGCGAAAGUGUGCGAGGAGAGAGAGUAUGACGCUGCACGAGUCUGCGAAGUGCGUGGCUCAGAAGUCUACGUCCGAACUGUUCACUCCACGCACAUAAAGAGCUGCAGCAAUUCCGUGUUCUACGUCACAGCGCAUCAGAUACGAGUCCACUCCUGCCGCAACAUUACAGUGCACGCAUACACUGCGACAGGCGUCUUUCUGGAGGACUCGGAAGGAGUCACCGUGCACGCGUACACGCCUGCAAGCCCGCCAGGGUACAGGAACUGCACGGAAGUGUACGACUUCAGCGCAGAGAGCACAAUAUAG